GACGACGGCGACUUUGUCUAUGAUCUGAGUUCGUUGAAUUUCACGGGAAUCUCUAAUUUUCCGGGAAAAUCAAUUCUGUUUUCUCUCUCCCUACAUUGCUUCUCAUAGCCUACGAGUGAGAAAUUACGUGGUAGCUUGUCGGAAACUCAACUUCCGUUGACGGAAGGCGCGAGAAAUAAGCAAGCUUAGGUUCGAUCGGAGGGUUUUCUAGUGUUUUAAGGGUAGAUAUAAUCGAUCUUUAAUUGGAUACUGUUUCGGAUCUCCAGUCGCAGAUCCUUCACCCUCUGGUGAGCUGAUUUUGCUUUAGAGAUCGCCGGCGUAGUUUCUCUAAUGGAUCCGACUUCCCGACCCGCUGUUGUCAUCGACAAUGGAACCGGGUAUACUAAAAUGGGAUUUGCGGGUAAUGUAGAGCCAUGUUUUAUUCUACCAACAGUAGUUGCUGUUAACGAGUCGUUUUUGAAUCAAUCCAAGAGUUCUUCUAAGGCAACUUGGCAAACUCAGCACAACGCUGGAGUUGCUGCGGAUCUUGAUUUCUAUAUCGGAGAUGAAGCCCUUGCGAAAUCGCGGUCUAGUAGUACUCAUAAUCUUCAUUAUCCAAUUGAGCAUGGUCAAGUUGAGGAUUGGGAUGCUAUGGAAAGAUAUUGGCAGCAGUGUAUAUUUAACUAUUUGAGAUGUGAUCCAGAGGAUCAUUAUUUUCUUCUUACUGAAAGUCCUCUUACUCCUCCUGAAAGUCGAGAAUAUACUGGAGAAAUUUUGUUUGAGACUUUUAAUGUUCCCGGGCUUUACAUUGCUGUUAAUUCAGUUCUUGCACUUGCUGCUGGGUACACAACAUCAAAGUGUGAGAUGACAGGGGUUGUAGUAGAUGUUGGAGAUGGGGCAACUCAUGUUGUACCUGUUGCAGAAGGUUAUGUUAUUGGGAGCUGUAUCAAAUCAAUCCCAAUUGCUGGCAAAGAUGUCACCCUCUUUAUCCAGCAACUCAUGCGGGAAAGAGGUGAGAAUAUACCACCAGAAGAUUCAUUCGAUGUAGCACGUAAAGUGAAGGAAAUGUACUGCUACACUUGUUCUGACAUCGUAAAGGAGUUUAAUAAACACGACAAAGAACCAGCAAAGUAUAUUAAACAAUGGAAAGGUGUAAAGCCAAAGACUGGUGCACCAUACACUUGCGACGUGGGAUAUGAACGAUUCCUUGGACCCGAGGUAUUCUUUAAUCCAGAGAUAUACAGCAAUGACUUCACAACCACUUUACCAGCUGUGAUAGACAAAUGUAUUCAGUCUGCACCAAUUGACACACGAAGAGCUUUAUAUAAGAAUAUAGUGUUGUCCGGAGGUUCAACUAUGUUUAAAGAUUUCGGAAGAAGGUUACAAAGAGAUCUCAAGAAGAUUGUUGAUGCUCGUGUUCUUGCAAAUAACGCUCGUACUGGUGGCGAAAUUACGUCUCAACCGGUGGAGGUUAAUGUCGUGAGCCAUCCAGUCCAGAGGUUUGCAGUUUGGUUUGGAGGCUCUGUCCUUUCAUCAACUCCUGAGUUUUUCGCGAGCUGCAGAACGAAAGAGGAGUAUGAGGAAUAUGGAGCAGGCAUAUGCCGCACAAAUCCGGUGUUCAAGGGAAUGUAUUGAAGCUGCUUCAUAAAUAAUUCAUCAGCAGAUCCUGUGAAUGUUUGUUUGAAAUACUUCAUUUCAGUUACUUUAGGGUUCUUGAGUACACAGUGUAAGCUAGGCUUGAUGUAGAAGGCAUAUUGUUUUCAGACAAAGCAAAAAGAAAAAGUAUGUAGAAGU